GUGUUGGCACUGAGUUUUCAAAGAAUGAAUUAUUUGACUACCUGCAGAAAGAGAAGACACACAGUAUAAAUAAUUUGCAAAGACAUAGAUAUGAAUACUUAUUGAAAAGGGCAUGUUUAGAUAGAGAUGAAUCUAAGAUUUUUGCCUUUUCUUAGUACUUUUGCUACCUUUGUUUAUACCAUUGCUUUUUAAAAAAAGAGACCAUUGAAAUAAUUUCUUAUAACUUGUCUAUUGACAUCUGUCCAUCUCUGCUCUACCUUAUAGUGCUAUUUGAAGUAUUUGAUAGGUAAAUCUGAUCUUAUUAUGUCUUUGCUAAAAACAUUUUUGCCUUUAGGAUGUCAAUAGUUGAAAUUGAAAGUCUUGUAGCAUGACAUUCAGUGGUUAUUUUGUAGCCUUCACUCUUUCUUUUCAGCUCAGUACCAUGCCUCUGUUUUCUCAGUAGUGAUUGCCACACUGAGCCUAUAGUCUCACUUCGGAUUUGUCAUCCCCUCACCCCUUUGGUGCUCUAUUCUUUGUUAGACUUUUUAUUUUGUUUAUUUUUUUAAACUUUGUUUUAGCUUAUAUAUCUCAGGCUGUACUCAAACUUGUGAUCUUCUUGCCUGAGUCUCCCAAGUGCUGAGAUUAUAGGUCUGAGCCAUUCUGCCUGGCAUUAUUGUUUUUGCUAUGAAUAACGCUCCAUAUGUAACUAGUGUGUCAUCCUUAAAGACCUACGUCCAGACACUAUCUCCGUGGAACCCUCUUACAGCACCAUAGGCAGAGGUAGUUGCUUUUCUUUACUCUUCUAUUACAGUUUUGCAAAUAUUUCUAGGUAUUUUGCCCACCCCACCCCACUUUUGUUUUACCUGUAUUUCCAGUGCUUACUUAGCACAGUGCCCAGUACUUUAUCAGUAUCGUUAUACAUUGAGUUAAUGGUUGACUAUCCCUUUCCUCAUCUUUAGGACUCGCUUUUCCCUUUAUAAGAUCACAUCUAUAGAAGGUGUCCUUCAGCACAGUUGCUUUCUUCCUUUAGUUGUGAUGUGGUAAUUGUGGGAGAAAGAAUGAAAAGGAGGAGUUGGCUAAUGUAACUUGAGAUCAGAUUUCUGGGUUAUUUCAGCUCCUUUUGAGUCUAAAGAGGAAACAUGGCUGAACCACAUAAUUCUUGUCAAGAGUUUUUGCUCUUUAGAGACAAUACUGGUGAGAUAUUAGGUGUGAUGGUGAAGGAACUGUGGGUUAUUGCCUGGGCCAGUAGCUAGUUUAGUAUACAUUAUUCAUUGGUUCAUUCACUGAGCAGGUAGUUAUUCAAGCAUUCAACAAAUAGAUACUAUUCUAGCCACUGAGGAUACAAAAGUAAACAAGAUAGGCAGAUCCUGCCCUCAAAGAGCUAAUUUCUUGGGGGAGAAGAUAGAUAAGAGAUAGAUUUUAGAUAAUAGAAACUGUUUAAGAAGGGAUUGAGAAAUAGAAAGUGAAGGUAGGAAGAUAGCUAUUUAGAUAAGACUAAGUAGGGAGGGCUUCUCUGAGAAGAUGGUGUUUAAAUGUAAGCAAGGGGACUAAAGUUAAGGAUGAGGCUGACAGAGCUUAUUACAAUGUAUCGGCUUCUAUAGGAUAAAAUAAAGAAUUAGGACUUACUAGUGUGAUGGGGAGCCAUUGGGGGCUGUUAAACAGAGAAGAGAUGUGAUAAAAUCUAGGUUUAAAAGCAAUAUGGUUGCUGAAUGGAGACGAGACUCUCAGGAUGGCAAGGAUGAAACUCUAAGCCAGGCAUGGUGGCAUACAUCUCUAAUCAUAGCAUUUGCAAAGGUUAGGCUAUGAGGCAAGAAAGUGGUGAAUUUGAGGCCAGCCUGGGUUACAUAUUGCGUUCAAAGCUAGCCUGUUCAAUAUAUUGAGAGCCUGUCUCAAAGAAAGUGAAGUUAGAAGCUAUUAUAAUAGACAUAAUUUUUUUUUUUGUUAUCCCUGUUAUUUUCUUUUUAAGACAGUCUUAACAAUGUAGCCUGAGUUUGCCUUGAACUUUAUGUAGCCCAAGCUGGCUUUGAACUCAUAAUCCUAGGGAAUGGCACAAUUUGCUGAUGAAUUAGAUAAUGGAAGGAAAAGGAUAAACAAGGACCACGCCCAGGCUUUUGAUCUAAGCAGAUAGGUGACUGUUGGUGACAUUACUAAGAUAGAAAAGGUUGAGAAAGCUACAGGUUUGGCAGUAGAAAUUGUGCAUUCUAUUUUGGGCAUGCACGUUUCAUGUAGUGGCUGUGUGGAAUUGUGUAAUUUGUGUAAUUUUCAGUGGAGUGCAUCUGAGUUAUUCUUUCAGGGAAGUUGAUAGAUGUAAGCUUCUGUUUAUCCUUUUCAUCUCCUUUUGAAUUAGUUUUGCAAUUCUGGACUGAGCAGUGAAUUCUGGGAUUGCUACUCCAGUUUGGUAUAAUCUCUGCCUCCAUGGCCAGCUACUGGCUCUUACAGACCGGAUGAAGCAGAUUGGUGACAGAAGUGGAGAAAGCCUCCAGUUGGUUCAUUCUCAGAGUGUAGUCCUCUGUCUGCUGGCCCUGUCCAGCCUGCCUCAUGGAGAAGAUGAACUGGCUGAGCAGGCUGGCCUCCCGGGUCCCUGGGCACCGUGUACCUCAAGGGGCCAGUCUGCAGACCCCUGUCAUGGCUGACCCUGAAACAUGCCUCAUGGUUUUCAAGAAUCACUGGUCCCAGGUGGUACGAAUUCUGGAGCGGCAAGGCCCUCGGGCAGCUUCUGGAGGUGCAGAUGAUCUCAGUGCUGUGAGAAACCACACAUACCAAAUGCUAACAUUGCUGGCAGAGGAUCGAGCAGUCCCUUCAGCCCCCUCAGGCCCUGGGCCCCUGCUAGAGUUUGCUCUGCGUGAGGAUCUGUUGAGCAGAGUGUUGACCUGGCAGUUACAAUGGGAUGAACUUGGAGAUGGGGUUGAGGAGCGGCGGGCUGAGCAGCUGAAAUUAUUCGAGAUGCUAGUAAGUGAAGCUCGCCAGCCUCUUUUGCGGCAUGGGCCAGUCCGUGAAGCUCUACUUGCCCUGCUGGAUGCCUGUGGCCGCCCUGUGCCCAGUAGCCCAGCACUGGAUGAAGGCCUGGUGCUGCUUCUCAGCCAACUGUGUGUGUGUGUUGCUCGGGAGCCUUCGUUGCUGGAGUUCUUCUUACAGCCACCUCCUGAGCCUGGAGCUGCUCCACGUCUUCUCCUCUUUUCUCGCCUUGUCCCUUUUGUCCAUCGAGAAGGCACCCUGGGCCAGCAGGCUCGUGAUGCUCUACUUCUGCUCAUGGCUCUGUCAGAUGGGAUCCCCACUGUGGGCCGCUACAUCGCGGAUCACUCUUACUUCUGCCCGGUGCUGGCCACGGGGCUGAGUGCCCUGUAUUCCUCACUGCCCCGAAAGAUUGAGGUUCCAGGGGAUGAUUGGCACUGCUUGCGACGGGAAGACUGGAUAGGAGUGCCAGCCCUUGCGCUCUUCAUGAGUUCCCUAGAGUUCUGCAAUGCAGUCAUACAGGUUGCUCACCCCCUGGUGCAAAAGCAGCUGGUUGAUUAUAUCCAUAAUGGUUUCCUGGUGCCUGUCAUGGGCCCUGCCCUGCACAAGACCUCUGUGGAGGAGAUGAUUGCGAGUACCGCCUAUCUGGAACUUUUCCUGCGGAGCAUCUCAGAGCCUGCCUUGCUCCGUACCUUCCUGCGCUUCCUGUUGUUACAUCGGCAUGAUACCCACACCAUCCUUGACACCCUCGUUGCCCGUAUUGGCAGCAACUCCCGGCUCUGCAUGGUCUCUCUGAGUCUCUUCAGGACCCUUCUGAACCUCAGCUGUGAGGAUGUUCUGCUGCAGCUGGUUCUCAGGUAUCUUGUCCCAUGUAACCAUGUGAUGCUGAGCCAGAAGCCAGCUGUGCGUGAUGUGGAUCUUUAUGGACGAGCAGCUGACAAGUUUCUCUCCCUAAUCCCACGCUGCUGUCGGCACCAUGCUUCUAGCCCACCUCGUCCAGAGCAUGCCUCAUGGGCACGAGGUGGGCCUAGCAGAGAGGCAGGGAGAAGGGAGGACAUCACGGGCCCUGGAAGCCCAAGUGUUGAUUCUUCUUCAGUGGUAACAGUGCCUCGCCCCUCCACGCCAUCUCGUCUGGCUCUGUUUCUUCGGCAGCAGAGCCUAGGUGGCUCUGAGUCCCCGGGUCCGGCUCCUCGCUCACCAGGGCUUACUGCAUCCCCAUCCUCCAGCCCUGGCCGAAGACCCAGCCCUGCAGAGGAGCCUGGUGAGCUAGAAGACAAUUACCUGGAGUAUCUGCGUGAGGCACGCCAUGGUGUAGACCGCUGUGUCCGAGCCUGCCGAACCUGGUCUGCCCCUUAUGAUGGCGAGCGGCCCCCUCCUGAGCCUAACUCUUUUGGCUCCCGGACUAAGAAACGCAGCCUACUGCCAGAGGAAGAGAGGGACAAUAUGGGGGGAGGGGAAGAGGAAAACCUAGGGAAUCGGGGGCUAGCUGUGGAUGUAGGGGAUACCCCUGGCCACCUAUCCCCACCUCAGCUCAAUGGGGUACCAGGGCCAUGGCCAGAGGGAACCAAGAAGGUUCGUCUGGUGCCACGAUUGGUGCCACAGGAAAGAGUUAAGGAAUUAUUAGAGGGUACCUCAGAGGGUAUGGCAGGACUGGAGGGCUUUGGGCAAGAGCUCCGGGAGCUGGAGGUGGCGUUGAGCAAUGGUGGAGCUAGCUCAGAGCCUCCCUUAGAGCCUCCACUACCUCCUGAGGAGGAGGAGGCCUACGAGAGCUUCACCUGCCCUCCUGAGCCCCCUGGCCCCUUCCUCAGCAGCCCUUUGCGGACUCUCCACCAGCUGCCAAGCCAGCCCUUCACUGGCCCCUUCAUGGCUGUGCUCUUUGCCAAACUCGAGAACAUGCUGCAGAACUCCGUCUAUGUCAACUUCCUGCUGACGGGGCUGGUGGCCCAGCUGGCCUGUCACCCCCAGCCCCUGCUCCGCUCUUUCCUGCUCAACACCAACAUGGUCUUCCAGCCCAGUGUCAAGUCCCUGCUGCAGGUGCUGGGCUCUGUGAAGAAUAAGAUUGAGAGCUUUGCAGCUUCCCAGGAGGACUUUCCUGCUCUGCUAUCCAAAGCCAAGAAGUACCUCAUUGCCCGUGGCAAGCUGGACUGGGCUGAGGGUUCUACAGCAGGACCUGCCCCCCGCCGUUCUGAUUCCCUAGUGAGGAGCCGGAGGCCAUCCUUGGGGGAGUUACUCCUGCGGCACGCACACAGUCCAACCAGGGCCCGGCAGGCGGCACAGGUUCUUCAGCCUGGGCGAGAUGGAACAGGACUUGGACUAGGUGGGGGCUCUCCGGGGGCUUCAACUCCAAUUCUACUCCCCCGGGGCGGGGCUUCUGAGCGCCAAGGUGAGGCUCUUCGAGUCAAGAAUGCUGUCUACUGUGCAGUCAUUUUCCCUGAGUUUCUCAAGGAGUUGGCUGCCAUCUCCCAGGCCCAUGCUGUCACCUCACCUUUCUUGUUGGAUACUUCAGAGGAGGUAUCUGUUCCUCCCAUCUCAGGCUUUGGGCCCCUCAAUCCUUAAUUUUCUUCCAUGGACAAUCAGGGCCUUCUGUGGUCUGGGCUGAAAUCCAGGACACGGGCUCCUUUUUAUGUUUGGAGGCAGUGGCAAAUGGACUUUUUAAUUUAUUUCAGAUGAAUGUUUUAUGAGAACUUGUUGCAAUAUGUAUAAAAGGGAAAUCUCUAUUUUGUGCUCAUUCUUCUUUGCCACCCUUUAUCUGGGGCUGUGGCCCUAAAAAGGUUGUAUAUGGGUGGGGAAUCA